AUGUUUCGCAAGUUGUCAAAAUGUUGCUACUGCUUAGAGAAGAUCAGUGGCUUCUCUUUUGUGUGCGCUGAAUGUACAGUGAUAAAGAUAUGUGUGAAAUGCUUUGCAUGUGGGGUUGAGGGUGGCAAACAUAAAAAAAUUCACAAAUAUAUUAUAAAGCGUUCUGAAGAUUGUUAUCUCACCGAGAAUCAUUGGUUGCUUUCAGAAGAAUUAAAACUAUUAGACGCUCUGGAUACUUAUGGUUAUGGCAACUGGGAUGAAAUAUCCGCUCAACUACAGUCACAUAGCUCCACAGACUGUCGAGAUCAUUAUGACAAGUUCUAUAUGUCAGGAAUCAUGAAAGAACUCAUGUGUUCACCUUGCCCGUUUCCUCUUGUUAAAGAACACACUUACCCAAACAAACUUUUCGAUUCUGAAGCUGAAAACAAUCCCCCAUGUGAUUUACGAUUAGAUCAUCAGAAGUCACUUGGAUACUUGCCAUAUAGAGAUGAAUUCGAAAUUGAAUAUAUGAAUUCAGCCGAAGAAGUUUUAAAUUCUGUUUAUACGACAUCUAAUUGCAAUGAACUCGACAAAGCUUUCUAUUUAGCAUUGAUGGGUAUUUACAAUCAAUAUAUACAGGAGCGUCAUUUCCGUCAUCGUUUGGCACGUUCACACAAUCUAAUUGCUCACCUUAUGCGUGACCUGAUCCGUAACCAAUCAAAGCAGAAGUUAUCCAACUGUAUAUCCAAAUCUGGGGUAAUCAAAAGAGGAUGCUACGCCAAACGGUCGAGUCAUCUAAGUAUUUCUCGAAUCAAAAAGGUUAAUCGGAAAUUAUGUUACAGUGAUAGUUUCAGGGAACGAGAAACUGCAUAUUCCCCUAAACUAAAAGGUUGUGUUUAUCGGAUUAGUGAUUUUAAUUUUAAUUCUAAUGCUAUGAUAAGUGAACGUGUGGACGCCAAAGUUUUCGGUCAGUCCCUAGCUUUGACACAAAACCAUUUGAAUUGUUCAUAUGAAUCAAUGCCGACGCCUAAUCUGCAACAAUACUGCAUAUCCCACCAGGUUCUGGAAAAUAAUAAUAAGGAUUCCUCUACAGCCAGUUUAAAUAUCCCCGGAAUGAGUAAAAAAUUUGCUGUACCAAAUGUCACUAAAACAUUUCUUGUCCGCGGUGAUUCAUGGCUGACUGAGUCUUGUACCUCAUCAGAAAUCCUUGACUCUGGUAUUAGUUCUGCAGAAUCCUCUUCCAAUUCUACAACUUCGUGUGGCAAUUUUAGUGACCAGUUAAAUUCAAACCCCCUCAAAUCAACCAUUGAUUUGCAGCUAUCCAGUCAAACAGUUUCUGCUCGCCCUCGAUCUAAUUCCGAUUCCGCUUAUGAUACCGGUAUGUUGAGAUUAAAGACCAAAUAUCCUAGCUGGAAUGAUCAAACCUUACCAUCGAAUAGAUUGACCAACAGUGCAUUUUCAGAGAUUGAUCCUGUGCAAAACGUAAUCGGAUGUCUUUUCCAACCUGCUGAAGAAGUAAAGACUCCCUUGUUUGCACCUCGGAGACGGCGUCGGGGACAUCCACCCAGAAAAUUUAAAACGAUAUCAUGUUUAUCUCACAAUCAGAGUACUGGGCAACAAAAUACACAAAAAUUCUUGAAGUGUAACAUAUCAAGCUCAGAAAAUGUUAAUAUUGAAUCUUGUGGAGAAAUUCAGUAUCAUACACCUGGGAAUGAGAUACUUCAGAUUGAUAUUUCAUCGAAUUCGGAUAUAUAUAAUUCUCUUAAAAGUCUUACAUGGCUCGCUGAAAAUGUAGAGACCCCAUUAACGGUCCCCGUACAUCGCCGUCGUGGACGUCCACCUCGUCAUCCUAGAAUACCAUCUUCUAUUUCUCAAAGUGUUUAUAGUGCUAAAAGUUAUGAAAAAACGUUUCUUACGCAUCCUCAGUGGCUGAAACCAUUCUUUCGUUAUCUUUCUACGUCAGAAGCAGAGACAUUCCUUAAAAAUUUAGAACGUGAACGCAUACUACGUAUUGAACUUAGUCAGCUGAUACAAGAUUACUGUAGAUUCUCCAUGAAAACAGCAGUGACCGAUUGUGUAGUUCGUGAGGAUUCAUCUAGUCGUUUCGAUCUCUACAAGAAUUCUUCAUCAUGUUCUUCCGCCUCCACUUCUCCUCCGCCCCCGCCGCCAUCUACUCCAAUCUCCAAAAAGUCAUCAACUUCAUCUGUUCAUCACCGGCUGUCCAAUUUUGUGAAGUUACGGAAACUUAAACGAUCAUUCAGUACAACUACGCGAAAACCGGUUCAUAAUUUUGAUUCGAAUAAAAGGAAUCAAUAUCGCAGUUAUGCACAUUAUAAUAAUCAUAAUCUUCGACGAAUUAAUUUCGCUAAUAGAACUAAUCAAAAAAUUAGUUGUAAACGAACACGAACUGUUUUUAAUUAA